UUUCUGUGUUGGAGAAAGUUGUCACAAGAAUGAAUUUCAGAGAUCUCAGCAAAGCAACCGAAAAUUUUAGCCAAAGCACCAUCAUUGGGUAGGGACUAAUGGGAACCAUGUACAAGGCUACCCUUCCUAAUGGUUGGUUCGUUGCGGAGAAGAGAAUGCAUGAUUCUCGACACUUUGAGGAACAUAUGGUAUCAGAAUUGAAAACAUUGGGCAGAUUGAGACAUAAUAACUUGCUGCCACUGCUAGGAUUCUGCAUAGAAUCAAAGGAAAGGCUUCUGGUGUACAAGUAUAUAUCAAAUGGAAAACUUUUCGAUUGGCUGCAUUCUGUGGAAGCCCAGAAGAAGAUUCUGGAAUGGCCUUUGACGGUGAAAAUAGCAGUUGGUGUAGCAAGAGGCCUGGCAUGGCUCCACCAUGGCUACAAUGCCCGCGUGGUGCAUCUCAACAUAAAUUCAAGGAGUAUUUUACUUGAUAGGAAUUUUGAACCCAAGUUAUCAAAUUUCGGAGAAGCGAUGCUCAGGAUUUCGACUAAGAGUUCACGUGUGAAUAGUGAUUUUUGGGAGAUGGCAUUUGUUAAGGAAGAUGUGCAUGGAUAUGGAGUUAGGGAAAGCGAGUAGUGAAAGUUGUGCGUGACUGACCAGCCUGCUGUUGAAUAUCUUCGGGCAACAUUUUCAGGUUAUGUUUUCAGGCCCCUGUGGAUCUACAUGUUCUGAAAUCUGAACUCAAAAUGUAUUAUGUGCCAUGGGCCCAUGGCUGUAAAAAGCAUGCUGUUUUCAAGUCCAUGGGCUGAUAUUACUAUGAUCAGGCCAUUUGUUUUCGGGCCCACUGGCCAUGUAUGUACCCAAAGAGAAAAAGGCCUAUGCCUGUUUAACUUACAGCCCACUGGACAUUUGCUGAUCUU